UCUAAGAAGCCUUUGUGACCAUGUUUCCCAGGUACAAAGCUUGAUGCUGCAAGUGAAGGAUGCAGCAGCCCAGCUCCCAUCGCUCUCCAGACCUGCCCAAGGAAACCUGCAUCAGUGUGGAGCUCCUGAGCAGAGAAGCUGAUCUUCAGCAAGGGAAUGCUGCUGUGUCUGGAAGAAGCAGUCCAGAAGAUGCCUUCAGUUCAUCUCCAACCCAGACAGAAUCAGUUUGUGUGGACACCACUGUGCCUCCAGGGGACUCCAUCCAUCUGAAGCCCCCUGCAGAGGAGGCCACUGGAAGCCCCCAGGGACCUUUCCAGUUCAACCGGCAGGCCCUGGCCAGGAUUUCCACUUCGCCAACCUUAAGGCGCUUGAGGAUGGCCUCUGCCUCACAAGCUGGGACCUCUGAGGAGUGCUGUGACACAGCUCAGAUGGGGGCUCCGAAGGAAUCCACCAGCUGCCUCCACCACGUUUGCAAGAGUCCUCCUCGGUGCGCUGCAGCUUCCUCUCCGCCGCUGCCUUCUUGUGCUCAGGCAAAGUUGUCCUCCAAAACCAAGCCUGAGACAACCACUGCAGGUCCAGAGCCUGCCAGCUCCACACCAAAGCUGCCAAGCCAGGAAACCCUUCUCAGCAACAGCAGUCCCAGUGAGACCCUCCAAGGCUCCUGGAGAGCCAACUCUGCUACCCUGCCCAGGAGACUCCCCUGGCCCAGCCUCACCCCGCAGGAAGGUGUCCAGAGGAGUGGAUUGCCAGGACAAAGGCCAGGCGAGCGCCGGCGCAGUUCGGUGGUAGUGACUCUGCCAGGCCUUGAGGUGUUCCCUGGAGACCUCCUGGUGUCAGAUGGUGCCAUGGACCACCUGCCCUACACAGCCCUCCUGCUAAGUGCAGAGUCCAAGAAGCCAAGGUGGCCAUUUGCCAGAAGAGGAGCUGGCAAAGACAGACAGAGGCAAGCAUCUGAUGUGGAAAACUGCCUCUCAACCCUCAAGAUCAUGGACUGCAGCACAGAUGAAUUUUUAUGCUUUAAGAGCAAGUCUUGGGCUGACUUUGUGAAGGCACAGCAGAGGCAGCAGGAGCCCAGCAGCCAGUCAGGAGGGCAGAAGGAAGCAGCAGUGUGGGAGCUCUUCACCACUGAAUGCAAUUACUUUCUGGAUCACUUGCUGGUGCUCAAGAUGGUGUUUGUGGACACCCUGAAGUACCUCCAGAGCAAGGAGUUUCUCUUGGAUGUGGAUUUGUGGAGACUCUUUGCUAACCUGGAGGAGUUAAAUGCAGUAAGCCUGAGCUUUCUGAAAGCCUUUUUUGAGGCUGUGAAGGAGCAUGUGAGGAAUUCAGAUUCCCCUCUGGAUUUCAGCUCCAUCCUCAGCAAGUUCUUCCAGGGUGACCUCUGCCAGACACAUCAGAUUUAUUGCCUUAAUUACACCUCUGCUGUCUUCUACUUGGAAAACCUGAGACAGAGAGAAGAUUUUGGCCUCUACCUGAAAUGGUGUGAACAGAACCAGCAGUGCAAGAGGCUGCACCUGCCCGAGCUGCUGGUUGCCCCUUUGCAGCGCCUGACUCGCUACCCCCUGCUGCUCAACAACAUCUGCCAGAGGAGCACUGACCCAGCAGAGAGAGCUCUUCUCCAGUCUCUCAAGGAGAAGGUGGAGAAGUCCAUCUGGGAUCUGGAAGGCAAAGUCAAGUGGUUGGACAACUUUCAGAAGUUGAGGCAGCUGCAGGAGGUCAUCAUCUGGCCCCAGCUCUGGGACCGUGACAAGAGAUUCUUUGUCCCGGAGUGUCUGAAGCAGAGCUUAAGAGAAAACAGCAGUGAGAACAUCCUGGCUUCAGCAAACAGACUUCUCCUCCACGAGGGGAGGCUGACACUGGCAGAAAGCACAAGGCUCCUUGAGGUCCACCUCUUCCUGUUUGAUGAUUUCCUGUUGAUUACCAAGAUUAAACGCAGCAAGAAGAGGUGUGGGGGCUCAGAGGCUGUGCUGCCUGUGUGUCCUUCCUUCCCCCCUGAGCUGCAGUCCCUCAGAAGGGAGGGUGGCUUCUGCACAGUGCUGGACCAGCCCAUCCCCCUGGACAGACUGAGCCUGAGGAACAUGGACCCUGUGCAGGUUGCAGCCUUCAGCCUGAGGAAUGCCUUCCUGGUGCAGCACGAGAACAGAUACUGCCAGAGCAUCGCAGCCUUCCUGCUGCAGGCACACACAGAGGCUGCCAAGAAGUGA